GAAGAAAAAAAGAAGGGACUGAGAAAUUCUGGUUUUAACUUAAAAAUUCUUUCAUUUUUUCACAAUUAUUAAAUUCAAGUACUGAUUUCUCAUUUCCUUCUCCCUGUCAUCCAGUUCUUUUUAAGGGAUUCGUGUUUUUAUUGUUCUCCUUUCUUCAUACGUUAGUGCGCAUGUCCGCGCAGUGGAUUGUCAUCAUCUCGUAGUACACGAACUCUUUGGUUGUUUACUGGCUGUGUGUUUGUAUAUCUUCUAAAGUCAGCGUAAGUCCCGUUCGUGUUAUAGUCAGCCUCAUUGUGGAUUAAAUAGGGACAACUCAGAAACAUCCGGGAGUUAAUAAACACCUUUAACCGGGCGAAAAUUAGGCUUUUGGGUGAAUUAACUAACCGGAGGUCAAAGUUCACGCUUGCAGCCAGGGAACUGAAGCUGUCUGAACAGUCUGAAACUGACAGACUGUUUAAGGUUCGGUUCCGGCGGUCGUGAAACCAUGGCGAACCCGCUAAGAGGGGAAGUGGUUCGGCUUUACAAGAACCUCCUCUACCUCGGACGAGAGUACCCCAAAGGCGGCGACUACUUCAGAGACCGUCUGCGCUCUGCAUUUUCAAAAAACAAAGCGGUGCAGGACCAGGAGCAGAUCAAGGCUCUGAUCGCUCGAGGGGAGUUUGUGGCUCGAGAGCUGGAGGCACUUUACUACCUGAGGAAAUACAGAGCCAUGAAAAAACGCUACUAUGAGGAGUGAAGCUCUGCAGAGACUGACUUUAAAAACAACAAAAAAAGCAUUUUUAUUUGAUUUAGAACGCCUGAGUUCAGCGGCAAGUUGUUCCUGAAGAGUCAGGCAAUCGCCCGAAAAAUGAAAAUAUAAAAUCAAAUAAAAACACAGAUCCUUAAGUAA